AUGGCGGCAGGAGGGCGGCCUUGCGGUCUCGCCACGGCCCACCCCAGUGUCAGCAGUUCCAGAAUGUGGCGGCUGGCCAGCCUCUUCCUGCUCCUGGCCGGGGGACUGUCCGGCACACCCGUCACUCCUGACUCAGUGUUCUCCAGUGGUGAGCGGGCCCACCAGGUGCUGCGGAUCCGCAAGCGCGCCAACUCCUUCCUGGAGGAGCUCCGGGCCGGCAACCUGGAGCGUGAGUGCAUGGAGGAGGCCUGCGACCUGGAGGAGGCCCAGGAGGUGUUCCAAAACGUGGAUGACACGCUGGCCUUCUGGUCCAAGUACCUCGACGGGGACCAGUGCACGGUCCGGCCGCCGGAGGAGCACCCCUGCGACAGCCCCUGCUGCAGCCACGGCACGUGCAUCGACGGCAUCGGUGACUUCCGCUGCGACUGUGACCAGGGCUGGGAGGGCCGCUUCUGCAGGAACGAAGUGCGCUUCUCCAACUGCUCGCUGGACAACGGGGGCUGCGCGCACUACUGCCUGGAGGAGGCGGGCCGGCGCCGCUGUAGCUGUGCCCCCGGCUACCGGCUGGGGGACGACCACCGGCAGUGCGUGCCCACAGUGAGCUUCCCCUGUGGAAGGCCGUGGAGCCCCGCGGAGAAGAAGGGCGCCGCCCUGAAGUGCUGCGCGGACCCGGCCGGCCAAGUGGACCCGCGGCUGGUCAACGGGAAGCUGACCCUGCAGGGCGAGAGCCCCUGGCAGGUGCUCCUGCUGGACUCGAAGAAGAAGCUGGCCUGCGGGGCGGUGCUGGUGCACCCCGCCUGGGUGCUGACGGCCGCCCACUGCAUGGAGCCCUCCAGGAAGCUCACCGUCCGGCUUGGGGAGUAUGACCUGCGGCGCCGGGAGAAGGGGGAGGUGGACCUGGACAUCAAGGAGGUCCUCGUCCACCCCAACUACAGCAGGAGGACCACGGACAACGACAUCGCCCUGCUCCGCCUGGCGCAGCCCGCCUCCCUCUCGCAGACCAUCGUGCCCAUCUGCCUCCCGGACUGCGGCCUCGCCGAGCGCGAGCUGGCCCAGGUCGGCCGGGAGACGGUGGUGACGGGCUGGGGCUUCCGCAGCGAGACCAAGAGGAACCGCACCUCCAUCCUCAGCUUCAUCAGGGUCCCGGUGGCCCCUCACAACGAGUGCGCCCAGGUCAUGCACAACGAGGUCUCGGAGAACAUGCUGUGCGCGGGCAUCCUCGGGGACCCGCGGGACGCCUGCGAGGGCGACAGUGGGGGGCCCAUGGUCGCCUCCUUCCGUGGCACCUGGUUCCUCGUGGGCCUGGUGAGCUGGGGCGAGGGCUGCGGGCGCCUCCACAACUAUGGCGUUUACACCAAAGUCAGCCGCUACCUCGACUGGAUCCACGGCCACAUCAGAGCCCCGGCGGCCCCCCCAGGCAGCCCGGGGCCCUAGCCGCCCCCCAGGCCCCGA